AUGAACGAAGUGAUGAUGAAUGGUCGAGACCGCCCACGGCCACCACCCUCUGGUGACCCUCGGCGCGGGGGCGAUGCCCGCAGUGGCUCCGGAGACGGCUCCUUGAGCAGGGCAGAGAAAUUCGAGGACGAGAAGAGACGCAUCAUUCAAAGUUGCUACUCGAAGAAAGAUAAUGAUGGAACCUUGGUCGAGUCUUAUAUCACACACGUCCGAAUCACCGAGGAUGCAUCGCACCCUUCGGCCCCUUCUCCGCCCAACUCAGCUCCCGAGAACAAGAAACCCCGUGUCAUUAUCGUUUCAGUACGAAGGUCGGGUAGAGUCCGGAUGCAUAAGGCCCGGGAAAAUAGUGACGGCACGUUCUCUAUUGGCAAAACAUGGAUGCUCGACGAUUUAUCUGCAAUCCAAUCUUACACUGCCCUGGUACCGAAGACACCGAUCGAGCAACAGCAUAAGGAAUGGGCUUCAAAUGUUGGGUUCGUGGUUACUGUGGGAAAACCCUACUACUGGCAUGCCCGCAGUGCCAAAGAGAAAGAAUUCUUCAUUGGCAGCCUGGUGAAAAUCUACAAGAAGUAUACAGGGGGCAAAGUCCCAAAUCUGAUUGGAUUUGAGGAGAAGCAACGACAAGCGCUUGUAGGUGGAGCUACGCCAGGACCAUCAGGGCCCUCCGCGCCACCUUCACGAGGUGCCGCCUUGGGACCACCUCCAGAGUCGAUAACAUCUCAACCCGCACCACCAUAUGGAAAUCGUGAACCCAGUAGAGAGGGAGCUCGCGACUUAAGGCGGAAGCCAUCUGAGGAUCCUACUCUUCGGUCUCAAAAGAGCCGCGAACAGAUGUCUCGUCCGUCAACUGGGAAUAAGCCAGCUCCGUCCCCUUUCGGUCCACCAUCUAACCCACCGCCUGCUGUUCCCCCGCCGCGAAAAGAGCCGGAAAAUAGAGAGCCGCCGGUGAAAUUCCCCUUGCAAGAUGACUCCCGGCCAUCGUCAUCUCGCGGGGAAGGCCGUCCUCCGAGGACCCCAACAUCCGAGCUUGUAGCCCAAUCUGCUGAAACUCUGUCACUGAGCCAAAAGCGAAGCGUCGAUGGACUGCGACCGACUACGCCAGGAUCAUUUUCAAAUGAAGCUCGAGGGAUACCCCCAAGUCCUGGUAGCAGUCUGGGUCAGCAGUAUACACCAUAUCGGGAUACUGACAAGACGCCAAACCUCGAACCGCUCCCACAGCCUGUUCAGAAUAAGAUUAUAAACGAAGAAGCCCAGACCGCACCUCCAGCCGACGAAUUUCCAGCGAAAGACGAAACUCCAUCUUCACCACUCUCUGUAGACCCCGCAGUAGCAGCGGCCGUGGUCCAAUUCUCCCAACCACCCGAAGAGGAUGCACAAGAACAGCAGCCGUCAAUUGCAUCGGAGGCAGCCGAGGACGAUGGCGAGGAACAUCGGCCUGGCUUGGGUCCUAUGGUGAAAAAGAAGGGACCGAAGGAGCUUGCAGGUGUUCUUCGAAAGGCCGCAAAUGCAUAUGGGGCUUUCAAGCCACGACCUGGAGGUGCUGGCGAGCGUCUCCUGGCAGCGGCGAAGAAACAGCAAGCAGAACAGGAAGCGGAUGGUAUCACAGGUGUUUUCCCAGCUCCAUCCCUCAGCAAGUCGGCAAGUGAGGCCCCGAAGAGCCCAGUAGAUGAACCCACAGACAGGGAACUCAUGGUGUCGGCACCAACCCCCGAGGCUCCCACUGUUACUACACCCACAGUUGAAAUUACUCAGCCUGAGGUCGAGGUGACCUCACCCCCACCUGAAACAAUUCCCCUUCCGGAGAAAAGCCAAGAUUCUUUGGUUGAUAUUGUAAACAUCGAUGAACGUUCAAGAUCGCCAUCUCCAGCUGCUCGGGGUCGCCGCCGGAGACGGGAAGAUCAUACUGUCAAAUACUGCCAGGCUCUCGGGAUCGACCCAAGUGUACUCGAUGGGCGUGGAAUUGACUUUGAUGAUAUCUUAACUGACCUUGGGUGGAAUGGACGCCUCAAUGACGAACAGAAGAUUGAGGAUUUGGAAGCCGAUGUUCGCCGCGAGAUUGGUCGUGUUGAAGCUACCAGCUGGCUUGGUAAUCUUGAACAACAGGAAGGGAAAGUGGAACAGCUGGCUGUUCUCAUCGACAAGACAAUUGAAGAGUGUGAGGAGCUGGAGGGUCUUCUGACACUAUACUCUCACGAAUUGAACACUCUGCAUGACGAUGUGUCGUAUAUUGAAGCUCAAUCACAAGGUUUGCAAGUGCAGACAGCAAACCAGAAGCUUUUGCAGAACGAGCUUCAGAAUCUUCUGAAGACAUUGUCAAUCUCCACAUCCGAGCUUCGGCCGCUCAAGGAGGCCUCUCUGAAUAAUCCCGAUGGAUUGAAGGAUACCGAGAAUGCCCUCUCCACACUGUACAAGGCGAUGCUCAUGAUUGAUGCUGAGAUCGGGCAAAACAGAAAGCGUUUAGUCGAUGCCAGCGUCGGGGUGUAUGCCAACACAGAGAUUGGCCAAAUGCGGGCAAUCAAAGAGAAGAAGGAAGAAUAUCACACCGCUGCCGUGAUGUUCCUGCAACAGCGCCUCAAGCCAUUCAUGGCUCUGGCUUUUAAGACCGCGGAACAAAAACGUGCAGAUGUGAUGACCGCCACUGUUAGGGAUCCUAUGAAGCUGGACAGUGAUGCUCGACAGCAAUUCCGAGCUGAGGUGUGGAGAUACAAUCCUCUGAUGCUGUUUACCAAGGAAGUGAGCAUGUCGGAGUGGCAUGCGUUGGUGAACCUUUAUGAGCACCAGUCUAAGCCAUCAUACCAAAGCGAUUUUCGUGAUAAUAACGCGAUCUGGAAGAAAACAGCUCGCAAGACUACUGGAGAGGAGCAAGAGCUUCUCUUCACCCACCAAGAAAAAGAAAAGGAAGCCGAGGGUAUCACUAUGGCGGCUCGCAAACUUACCGUACGACGAGGUAAAACCGUUCGCGCCGCGGCAGGGUUUCGAUUGGCUUCUGGUGAAAAGGCAGAGAAAAAACAGGGCAGGGUCGAGCCAUGUGAAGCAUUUGCAGGGACGCUACGCGAAACACUGAACACGAUCACUGAUGAACAAAAUUUUGUGGUCGAAUUCUUCCACCUGAAUUCCUUGGUGAACGUUGAUUUCUCUGACUUGGUGGCAGCUGCUGAGCCAGAAGGUCGGCAAUGUCCUGACUUUUCGGUCAAGCAGUCGCAUGAUCCAGAUCGUGACAUGGCCAAGCGCGUUGAGCAUAUUAUGGAUGAGAUUUUUUCGUUCUGGCCGAACGACAUGCAAAGCAUGGUGGACUGGGCCAUUAGCUCAGAUCCCCUGCAAGGCAUUGGCAUCCUCUUUGCUCUGGAGUCGGCCAUGACGGAUCUUGACGACACCAAUCAAGAGUUCAUUCUCCACUCGCUCCAGAAAGUGCACUCUCGUCUGAUGGGACUCUACAAUCGAUUUGUGGAUGAACAGAUCCGAGGUAUUGAGGAUACCAAAGUAAAGAUCAACAAGCGCAAGGGUGUCAUUUCGUUUAUGCGAGUCUUCCCGCACUUUUCCAACGCUGUUGAGAAUAUGCUGUCUCAUCCAGGCGGUGAAUUCUGCGACAUUCGAAUUAGUGUCAAUGACGCCUAUGACCGCAUCAACCGGGCGAUGUGGGAGUCCUUGAAGUUCAUUGCCAAGGAAGCCCCCGGUCAACCUCCUGGCGUGUCUGCCACUGCCGGAGACCCUGAAGACAAGGAAGUACUCAACUACCACAUUCUACUUAUCGAAAAUAUGAACCAUUACGUUGAAGAGGUUGAUGUGCACACCUUGCCGGUGCUCGAACGCUGGAUGUCCCGGGCGCACCAAGACUUUGACGAGCAUAUGAAGCUAUAUUUGGAUGCGGUGAUCCAUCGACCCCUGGGCAAGCUACUCGAUUUUAUUCAAUCCCUGGAGACCCUGCAGGCAUCCGGUAACAGCUCCGACAUCGCAACACGGGCCAGCCAUUCCCGCAUGGUCGCCAAGAAGGUCCUGGCUUCCUACGAUGCGAAAGAAGUCAAGCGUGGCGUGGAGUUGCUCAAAAAGCGUGUAGAAAAACACUUUGGCGACGCCGAUGAUCCUGGCCUUAGCCGCAGCUUAGUGCUGAAGGUGCUACGGGAAUGUGAGCAACGUUAUGAGGCAGCCUACGACCGGACUCGACACAUCAUUGAUACCGUGUACGAAGGACAAUUGGAGCUGGAAUGGCGAAAGGAGGAUGUGGUGGCUAUGUUCCGGAAAUGA